GUUCAAAGGACGCAGCCCUGCCCUUGGUUCCGCCAGCGGACGCAGCAGCUUUAUCAGGUGCAGCUCCUGCUGGGACUCGGCCACUCGAGCCUCGAUCGGCCUGGGAGACGCAUUCUGCUGGAGCUCGAACACCCGCUGAGCCAAGAUGCCCAAAACGGUCAAAAUCCGCGUCACAACGAUGGACGCGGAGCUGGAGUUCUCCUUCCACCCCAACACCACCGGGAAGCAGCUCUUCGACCAGGUGUCCAGAACCAUCGGCCUGCGUGAGACCUGGUACUUCGGGCUUCAGUUCGUUAACGCCAAAGGGUUCGUGACCUGGCUGAACUUCGAGAAGAAGGUGAUGGCUCAGGACAUGAAGAAGGACGUCCCCCUGCAGUUCCGAUUCCGGGCCAAGUUCUACCCCGAGGACGUGAGCGAGGAGCUGAUCCAGGCCGUCACCCGCAGGCUCUUCUUCCUGCAGGUGAAGGAGGACAUCCUGAGCGAGGAGGUGUACUGCCCCCCGGAGUCGGCCGUGCUGCUCGCCUCCUACGCCGUCCAGGCCAAGUUCGGGGAGUUCGUCCGGGCGGCGCACGAGCCGGGCUACCUGUCCUCCGAGCUCCUGCUGCCCAAGAGAAUCCUGGAGCAGCACAAAAUGUCCAAGGAGCAGUGGGAGGAGAGGAUCAACGUUUGGCACCAGGAGCACGGGACCAUGCUGAAGGAGGAGGCCGUCAUCGAGUACCUGAAGAUCGCUCAGGACCUGGAGAUGUACGGCGUCAACUACUUCGAGAUCAAGAACAAGAAGGGCACGGACCUGUGGCUGGGGGUGGACGCGCUGGGGCUCAACAUCUACGAGAAGGACGACCGGCUCACGCCGAAGAUCGGGUUCCCCUGGAGCGAAAUCAGGAAUAUCUCAUUCAAUGACCGCAAGUUUGCAAUCAAGCCCAUCGACAAGAAAGCGCCUGACUUCAUCUUCUACGCCCCACGGCUGCGAGUCAACAAGCACAUCCUGCAGCUGUGCAUGGGCAACCACGAGCUGUACAUGCGCCGCCGCAAGCCGGACAGCAUCGAGGUCCAGCAGAUGAAGGCUCAGGCCAAGGAGGAGCAGCUGCAGAAGAAGAUGGAGAGGGACCAGCUGGAGAGCGAGAAGAGGAGGAGGGAGGCCAUCGAGAGGGAGAAGGAGCAGAUGGAGCGAGAGAAGCAGGAGCUGAUGAUGAAGCUCUCGCAGUUUGAAGAGAAGACCAAGAAAGCGGAGAUAGAGCUCCGGGAGCAGCUGGACCGAGCUGUGAGGCUGGAGGAGGAGAGGAGGAAGGUGGAGCAGGAGGCGGCUCGGCUGGAGGCUGAGCGAAUCGAGGCCAUCAUAGCCAAGGAGGAGCUGGCCAGGCAGGCGGAGGAGCAGAUCCAGACCCAGGAGCAGCUGGCUGCAGAGUUGGCGGAGUACAGCACCAAGAUCACGCUGCUGGAGGAGGCCAAGAGAGAGAAGGAGGAGGAGGCGGAGUCGUGGCACAUCAAGGCCAAGGAGGUGGAGGAGAGUCUGAUCCGGACCAAGGAGGAGCUGAGCAGCGUGAUGAGCUCGGCUAACCCCGCCCCCGCGGCGGCGCCGUCCUCCUCCUCCUCCUCCGACAGCGAGAGCGACCACGAGCACAGCGAGGAGAACAGCAGCUACAGCGCCGAGCUGCAGACGCAGGGCAUCAACGACCACCGGCGCGAGGAGGAGCGCCUCCCGGAGGCCGGCAAGAACGAGCGCCUGCAGCAGCAGCUGAUGGUGAGUUCAGGAACCGCGGGAAAACCCACCUCCUCACGGUGUCAGUCGCUGAACGCGCUCCCUCCUCAGGUCCUGAGCUCAGACCUGGAACAGGCCCGAGACCAGAGCAAGAAGACCCAGAACGACCUGCUCCACACCGAGAACGUCCGAGCCGGACGCGACAAGUACAAGACGCUGCGUCAGAUCCGCCAGGGCAACACCAAGCAGAGGAUCGACGAGUUCGAGGCCCUGUAGACGCGAGCCCGGGACCGAAGACCUCACGACCCUGCAGCAUCCUGUCCUUGAGCGGUGACGCACGGAGCUCCUGGGGUUCAGUCUUUCACCUUUGUUUUAAAGCUGGUUCACUUUCUUCGUAGUCCCCCAACAUCCUGCUCCCGUUUCCAUUAAACCGAAGCCGCUGGCGCCCGGAUUCAGAGUGAACACAGCAGAUUUGUUGUGAUUAAUGAUCCAAAAUGCGGCCGCUCCACACCUGGAACCAUGCGAUUUGCUAUUUACAGUUUUAGUUUGUGACGGUUGAAAACCCAAAGAGUUUAGAUCAAAGCGGCGCAGACGUCAGACUGAUGAAGCCUUGAAUCCACUACUGCUUUAAACCCGUGGGUCCUGAAACGCAGCGAGAAAGUUCUGUGCCGCAUUAAUUUGAGUUUGUAUUUAAAAAGAUGGUCACAUUGUUGAUGUCUGUCAGCUGAUCUGCAGAUGUUGUGUGUGGGACAGGCUCGAAACACACGAGUUCCCAUGAUGCAUCUGGGCAGAGCGUUUCAUCCGAAUCUGGUUUAUGAAGUGUUAAUAAAAACCAACCGUGAUGGACACGUAACAAACUGUGUGACUGCUCCUUUAAACCAGCUUCUAUUCAGGCAGGAGAGCAGUUCAAGUCCCGCACCUCUGAUUAUUCUGUGUUGUUGUUUCCUUUGCGCCUCCAAAUAAAAAAGAUUGACACCUGU